AUGGCAUGGACUCUUUCAGCAAGGCUGAUGAGCGGGGAGGCAGCCUCGGUACGCAUUCCGCCAGACAGCCUCAUCGAGGAUCUGAGGAAGUUGGCCCAGAUAGAGCUGAAGAAGUCCCUGAAGGCAGUGACGAGUUCCACCACCGUCCUGGACCCCUCUUCCACGAUUCAAGCGGCCGGGUUGAAGGAUGGCGAUGAAGUUGGCGUCAUCACGGCACCGAAGACGAAGCUUCGUGCACACAAGUUCGGCUUUGGCUUUGCCGCCAUUAUGCCAGACGGCACAGUGGAGGUGUGGGGUCACGACCUUUUUCUUGGCAACUCGCGUUUCGAUGAGGCUGAGCAGAAGGACGUGCUGGAUGUCUUUCUUACGGAAACGGCAGUGGCCGCGCUUCGAGCUGAUGGCACUGUUAUUACCUGUGGCUCCGCCACAGACGGUGGUGAUAGCAGCAGCGUCAAGGACCUGUUGAAAGGCAUCAUACACGUGGAAGCCACCCAGAGUGCGUUCGCGGCGCUGCGAGCAGAUGGCACAGUGGUGUGUUGGGGCUCUCCCAGUUCCGGUGGAGACUGCGGCUCAGUGCAGAAUCUGCUCGCAGACGUGCGACGAAUCUACAAAUCUCGGAGUGCUUUUGCAGCCGUGACGGGAAGCGGUGCUGUGAUCACGUGGGGUGAUGCCGAUUGUGGCGGCGACAGCAGCUCGGUCAAAGACCUGCUUGCUGAUGUCCGCGAGAUUUCGGCGACCAUGUCGGCCUUCGCAGCCGUCACGGCCAAGGGCGCAGUCAUCUCGUGGGGAUGCUCCGAAGAGGGUGGAGACAGCAGCCUUGUGCAGCAGAAGCUACGAGGCGUCUCGCGGGUUGCUGCAUCGAAGCGCGCCUUUGCGGCGAUCCGAAACGACGGCUCCGUGGUUACCUGGGGAGAUCCUGAGCACGGCGGAGACAGCACUGGAGUUCACGAGCGAUUGAUGGGGGUCCGCAGCAUCACGGCAUCCAAAGCGGCCUUUGCAGCGACCACGGUUCAGUGCACCAUCGAUGCUACGGAGACAGGGCUGAAUAUGGCGGUGAAGACUGGGGUGGUGACCUGGGGCGAUCCCGACAAGGGAGGGCAGAGCGGCGCUGCCAGUGACCAGCUUGUAGAUGUCCGACAAAUUGCCUGCACUGGGUAUGCCUUUGCCGCCCUCCGCAGUGACGGGCGAGUCGUUGUUUGGGGCUCCGCGCGUCACGGUGGGGAUGCCAGCGCCGUUCAGGAGGAUCUGGUCGAUGUGAAGGAGCUGUAUGCCAGUCAGUCGUCCUUUGCUGCCUUGCGGGGCGACGGCCGUGUUAUUACGUGGGGCCAUGAAGACGAUGGCUGUGACGACCCCCAGCUGCAGAAGGAACUUGUCAACAUUGAGCAGGUGUGUGCUUCCAAGCUGUCUUUGGCAGCGGUCCGCUCCGACGGAGAACUGGUAACUUGGGGAGAUCCUGAGUAUGGCGGCCACCGCACCGUAGAUCUGUCUUCACGUAUUUUGCCUUCGCCGUUUUGA